UCGGACGGAUCGACUGCAUGAAUGACCGCAUGGAUUGUUUUUGCGGGCAACGGUUAACGUUUCGUAGUGCCUGCGAAUUAGCACUUUCAAGUGCUAAUUCGCGUAAGGCUAUCGUAGGAAUAUACUAAAUACGAAUUUUUGGGUCCUGGAUAGUUUAUAAAAUUGUUAUAGCUUUUGCAUCGUUUUAGUGCACAGUGACAACUGUUUUUGUGUACAGACUAAUCAUGUGCUUAUCUUGUGAAUUUGUUUAACUGAACAAAUGUAAAUGUUUUAUAUUAUUUGUACAAGAGAACUGCAGAGUAAACAUACAUGUACAAUGUUGAAAUGAUCAAUUCAGAAAAUAGUGUACGACUGUAGGCAUGAAUAACAUGUCUGUGUCGUUUCCUUUUCUUCUUGGGCUGUACGCAUAACAAUUACCAAAACAGUGGGUGGUCAAUUGAUUUGUCUCUCUGUUACGAGGAUGAUGAUGAUGGACAUGGGCAUGUACGGGACCUACGGCAAGUCUGAUUCAUAUCCUAACUACGUGUUCUCGGGUCAAGGAAACCAUCAUCAUCAUCAUCACCAUCAUCAGUCGUCAUCCGUCGGCGGUCACGUGUCAGUACCUCCUUCUCCAGAGGUAGCUCCAACUCAUUAUUACCCCCAGACUGCAGUGGCGCCAUAUUCUUCAUCAUCCUCCGAGAGUUUCCUAACUGCCGACUCGGGUGCGUCGUCCAGUACGCCGCCUCAAGGCUUCUACUCUCCGACGGGUGCCGUUCUCCAUGAGAAUGGUUCCACCACAGCAAUAAUCUCUUCGGAGAACGGUCUGAGUUAUACCAACCUGGAUUACGCGUCGUCUUCAUAUCCGAAUCAACAGCAGCACGCGGUAACAUCAGUGGAUCCACAUCAAAAUUACCAUGUUCAGCAACCUGCCUACCGGGAAGAUCAUCAUCAUCAUCAUCAUCAUCACCCGCCUGCUGGCAGCAGCCUUCAUCAAACCACGGUACUUCAAGCUAGUCAUCCAAGAACGGAACACGAUCAGCAACUUCAUCAUCAAUCCUCUAGUCAUCACCACCAUCAUCACCACCACCACGAGCCGGAAUACCAAAUAGCGGUCGGCGGCACCUCAAACUACCUCCACCAAUUGUCGUCAUCGGACGAAUCCUUGCACUAUCAGACACAGAUUCAGCAAAACGAGUUCUCCACGCAUCCACCGGGACACUAUAAGGAAGAGAAUUCAGAUGCGACAUCCUAUCACGUUUUGCAGCAAUCUGGCCACCUUCAACAUCCUCAUCAGCACGGGCACCAUCAUCAUCAGCAGCAGCAGCAUUCGCAUGCGCAUCAUCCACAACAGCAACAACAACAGGCGCAGGUACCAACCUACAAAUGGAUGCAAGUCAAGAGAAACGUACCUAAACCAGUCGCGACGAAAGCGAACCCGAACGCGGUCGAGUACGGCGGCGGUACAGUUGCUGGACCAAGUUCCUCGGUAUACGGAAGUACCGCCAGUGGAACAGUGAACUGUAUCGCCGGUUCGUUGGCCGGCAUCGCCGGUAGCUUCAACAAUACCGGGCGCACGAACUUCACGAAUAAACAGCUGACCGAACUGGAGAAGGAGUUUCACUUCAACAAGUACCUGACGCGAGCGAGACGCAUCGAGAUCGCUUCCGCGCUGCAGCUGAACGAGACACAGGUGAAGAUCUGGUUCCAAAACAGACGUAUGAAACAGAAGAAACGUAUGAAGGAGGGCCUGAUACCGGCAGAUAGCACGAACGUGACGGCCUUGAGCGGUGCCAGGAGCAGCAGCAACUCACCGACGGGCUCGUCCAGCCACGAGAUCGGCGGCCUCGGCUUAUCCAGCUUCACCAGCGACAACAGUAGGGAAUCGCCCCCAUCUUCCAAGGAUUGACGCGAUUUUUGCUGCAGUAAUGAACGGCACUAUGGUCUAUGAUUCGACAAGCUGAUCGCAAAGCACUAUCUGCUCCUGGCUCGGAGAGGCCAAAAGUUCAAUGAGAAUCGUGACAAUUUACUGCAGCCACACAGAAACCACUUUCUAAUUUAUUCUUUCAGGCUGCAUCGUGAAUGUAAUACCGUGGACUUUUUAAGACGAGUAAUGUCAUUCCGUAUCUUGAAAGUAGAGGUAUGUGAUAUAUAUGUGUAUAUUCGGGGGAUACGUCUCUAUCUUCCCGUUUCUAAACUAUGAAUAGAAUGUGACAUUGGUUUCUCUGAUUACAUCAUAUAUUGUACGGAUGAUCCCGAAGUGGCAGAACUCGCAGAAGUGGCGUGUAGCUUCGAAAGAGUUCAAUACGGUAUUAUUUAUUGCAUUUCGGAACGUGUUUUUUUUUCAUUCUAAAUUCCCUCUUUCAAUCAGUGCGUUAAAUAUUAAGUAUGUAUAUUAAUUUUCCAUAUUAUUUAUUCCAUAUAUUU